ACCUGACAUUCCUCAUUAGGCCGCCAAUAUCAAUAUAAAGUAAUUGUUAUUUUAAUUCCAUUAUAAAUAUAUGCCGUUCUCCCGCAAUAAUUAAAAAGAAAGCAGAUUGGCAACGAUACACUGUUUUGGCCCCUGACACCUGAAAUUUUGUUGACGCUAGCAGAUUAUAGGGUAGAUAGGGAACACAACGGCCUCUGUCUCAGCACCCAUCUCUCUCUCUCUCUCUCUCUCUCUCUCUCUCUCUCUCUCUCUCUCUCUCUCUCUCUCUCUCUCUCUCUUUGAUGGGAGAUGCCCUUUAACGUAGACAAGUGCCAGGUCCUUCAAGUUGGAACAAGGAAUAAGAAGUUCGAUUACGAAAUGCGCGGCGUUAUCUACGUCACCUUCUUGAAUUGCUUAACAGACUUGAUAUUGUAAUCCUAUAUUUUAACAUUGUCCAUUCUCCUAUGUACCCCUCUUGGAGACCUCAUAGUAUUAGUGUGGACACAGAACAGCUACAAACUCCAAAAAUCAGCAUUGUUUCCUCAUGAACUUAACUCAUAUUUCAUGGAAAAAACUAGCAACCUACCCCUUAAUUGGUUCAUGCUGUCCAUAUUUAUUGUGAUGGGUCUAUUGAUGGCAGCAAAUCAGGUUGUGGUGUCUUUAUCCGCAGUUGUGAUAGCCCACAUGCCUACACUGAUAUUGAGAUCUCCAAGAGGCUUCCAGAUCACCUGUCUUCCACGCGUGCAGAACUCUAUGCCAUUCUUGAAGGACUACAUGUUGUGGUUCCUUUUGCUUAAGAUGUAUUCUUCUUUGUUGAUAGUCAAGGGGCAUUAUAUAAACUACUGUCUACCUUUCCAUGUGACGGCGAUAUUGUACAUCAGUGUCUUCUUGCCAUUGACGGCUUAGAGAGGGAUAAUCAUCGGGUUCACUUCACUUGGGUGCCAUCUCAUGUGGGCAUCCCUUUUAAUGAACAAGCGGAUACUUUGGCUCCCCGUGCCCUUAAUAGGACUCUAGAAGGCACUCCUGCAGAAUAUACUUAUAAUUAUAUCAAGGGCAGACUGAAACUCUACACACAAAGCUCAAUCGACUCUGACAUUGCCAGCUGCUAUGAGAGGGGUAGUCCAAGCUCUAUCCACUAUGUCCAUGUUUCGCAAGACACUAAUGUCACCUACGGUAGAAAGAGUGCCUUAUUUGAUCUUGUUGUAAUGCGUCUUAGACAAGGGUAUAAAUACUACUGGGAGGUGAGUGGUGCCCCACCCGAGUCUUGUGCUGUGUGUGCCACGCCAGGAGGUCACACUUUACAACAUCAAUUAUGUCCUUGAGUGUCCUGCCAUAGCCUGCUACCGUCCACAGGGUAUAAGUGAUGUGCCUUCCCUUGUCGCCUGGUUCAUUAAUCAUGACAUUGUAGCUGCCAUUAUUAAAGAGUACCCAAAGUUUGCUGCCAGGUGAUGAUCUAGGUAACUGCAUGUGUACCUACUCAGGAAUAUGGUCAGUAUUUACAUUCCAAUUCCUUUUUCUGUUAACUAACCUCAACUUGUGUUUGUAUUUUUGUACAAUGGAGACUGUUAUUUUUUUUGUAACUAGCCUAGUAAGAGGUUUGUCUGCAAGACAAACAAAGUCAAUUCAAUUCAGGUCUAGCGUGCAGGAGUAAGAGUUUUCGAGAAAUGUAGUGAUUAUUCCGCUGCCAGACGUAUGAAGUCCGCCCUUGAGGAGGUCUCAACUCUCAAGGCUCCUCGCCCAGCUGCCCUUAGAUAAGUGGUGAAGACACAUUCCCAGCUACAUUCGUCGUCAAAUAUGAAGCUGGACGUGUUCACGGUUGACGCCUUCACCAGGCGGCCCUUCUCCGGCAACCCGGCAGCCGUGAUACCCAUGCUGCAGGUCUCGGAUGAGCAAACUCUCCAACAAGUGUCUGCCGAGCUUAAUCUAUCGGAGACUGCCUACGUCACUCCCGCGGCGGGAGGGACGAGGCCGUGGCAGGAAUGUGGCCGCUUUUCCCUUCGCUGGUUCACCCCCACCAAUGAGGUGCCCCUGUGCGGCCACGCCACCCUGGCCACCGCCCACGUUCUCUUCCACUGCCUCGGGAAUACCAACGCUCGACUGGAGUUUGACACGAAGAGCGGGGUGCUGGUAGCAAAACGGGAUGGCACCCUCAUUACCCUAGACUUUCCCGCCAACCCUCCGCGGCCCCUUGACCCCGCCGAGGAGGCCCAGCUGGCAGGCCUCCUGAAGGUAGCCAGUGGAGGUCUGCCAGUGUCUCAGGUACUCCUCUCGAGAACCAGUAAAAAGCUCUUGGUGCGUCUUCAUCAGUCUUGCUCCAGACAACAACUUGAGGCUCUCCAAAUGGACGUCGGAGAUCUUCAAAGGAGGCACGACGGGUCGCUAGUGAAGGGCGUCAUCCUCACGCUGGAGGGUGGCCAAGACGAGGCAGACUACCACUGCUACUCGCGCUACUUUGCGCCGUGGAAUGGCAUCCCGGAGGAUCCCGUCACAGGAUCAGCUCAUACGGUGUUGGGGCCUUUUUGGUCUGAACAGCUUGGACGCCCUUCCCUGAAAUGUAGACAGGUGUCCCCGCGAGGGGGCGACAUGACGGUCACCGUGAGGGACGACGGUCGAGUGGACUUGACAGGCGAGGCCACACUAGUGAUGCAGGGUCACAUCACCCUCUGAGGCAGCAUUGUGCCGGGCCACGACACACCACACCGCUCUCCACGGCUCCUCCCGUGCUGCAUGGCCCAGCAUAUACUCAGGGCGGGGCGCACUAUGUGUUCUUGACAGUACAAAUCAUCGUGUAAUUGAAUGAUGAAUGACAGUUGUAAAAUGAACCCAAAUGAAUCUUGUUAUUGGGGGAUACACAGAUAAUAGCUUUGAUCAUUCAUAGUCCUGAUGUGUUUGUAUGCCAUAACCGAAUGAAUGGGUUAUUGACAAACACCAUGUUCUCCAUGCAAAACCCAACACACGCAAGGAGAAACAGAUAACUGUAACAUUAAUCUUAUUGAAUGAACAUUAAUACUAAGUUUGUGUUGCAGAUGUACCAUUUUAUUUUUAUACAAACGUAGCCUACAACGCCUAUGGCUUUAGCAUAAAACAUAAUAUUCGGAGCCAUUCCUGAGAGCCUGGACUUUGGAAAAUAAUACCUACUCUUUAAAGUUUGUUAUAUUUUUCAUGAGUCUAAAUCUAUACCAGUCACUAUUAUGGGGAACGGGAAGACGGUGAGGUAUCCUAAAUAUAAACUGAGGAGAAGAAGUUAGGAAGCAACAGUGUGCCAGAGUGCCUCUAUCUGAACUAGAUAAUAAAUUAAUUAUUAAAUAUAUAUACACACAUGUAUGAAUCUAGUGACAUAGCCUGCUUCUAAAAGCUGAAGAAGAAUGCAACUCUCAAAGUAAUAAGAGCAAAGGUGAACAGAUACAUAAUGACUGAAAUGAAUAUAAUAAACUGGA